AUGCAGAAGCUGCUCCAGCAGCACUCCGCUUCAACGACGACAAACGGCACCGCCGCUUCAAAUCCGACAGGAGGCAAGUCGAACGGUGGAACCUGCCCGGGAGAUGGUCGAUGCGACGGUACGGGAGGGACGUCUGCGUGCGCCGGAUGUCCGACCUAUAACAACACUAUUGCUAUUUCAGCCCGAAUGGAACUUGACGGUCCUUCUACCGACGGGGCCGACCAGCAGGCAGCUUCGCCUAAAGGAGACGGCGCCGCCUCCCCUGCGGCCAACGAAAGCGACGCAAGCACGUCCGCUGUCGCUGCUCCGAACGCGAGGACAAAGGGCGCGAGGCCGGCUGUGGGAGCGCUCAGCUGUGCCAACUGUGGUACCAGCACGACCCCCUUAUGGAGGCGAGAUGAUGUGGGCAAUAAUAUCUGUAACGCAUGUGGUCUUUACUUCAAGCUCCAUGGCACGCAUCGGCCCAAUUCUAUGAAAAAGACUGUCAUCAAGCGUCGCAAGCGCGUGCCCGCCGCCCCUGGUUCUGCUGGUAACACGCCCGGACGUUUGUCAGACCAAGCCGCCGCCGAGGCUUUGGUGUCCGUUGGCCGUGGAGGCGUCUCAUCCGCUGCUUCUGGCGGCGGUGCAACUGGAGAGGAGAGCGAAGGCGAAACCGACCAGCCUCGUAGGAAGCGAGUCCGCCGAGGCAAGACACGUUCAGCAGCCGCUGCUGAGAAAGAAGAUGAGGAUGUUACCAUGGAAGAAGAGAGUGGACCUGAAACCCGGAAUCGUCGCAAACGCGCCAAUGGAUGGGGCGAGGGUAGAUCAGCCUCCCCUAUGCACCGGAAUUCCCCUCGUGUACCCCAAGCUUUCCCUGGUGGCCCCCAUUUUGAUCUCGCUUUCGGCUCUCUCGGCAACAACGUCGCCGCCGCUGCUGCCUUGCUCAGCGGGCAGUCCAGCUACAUGCGCUCAGGCUCUAACGCCCCCAGCCGCAGCCAUUCGCCUCUGAAUCCUGCGGCAGCCAUGCCUCCUCCAGGAUACAUGCUCCCUCCACCCCACGGCCUUGGCGUCCCAGGGUACUACCCACCCCCACCCGCAGACAUGUCAAGUCUUAUGAACCUUGGCAUGGCUGCUGGCGUUGCUCUUAAUAUGGGUGUCCCAACUUUGAUCGACCUCGAGCGUCAUUAUAUUGAGCUGCAGGAGCAGAAGAAGAGAUGGGAGGAGAUGAUGGAGAAGACGGAGAAGCUCAUGGCCGGCGUGAAGCGAACCAUCGACGAGAUGAAGGCUAUGUCCGCGUCCGCCGCUCCGUCCGCUACCGGUUCCCCUCAACAACAGCCCCAAGUCCCCGUAACCACCGUGCCAUCGGCAUCCGCGCCUGGAUCUCCUCAGCACCCACCGCCGCCAGUCGAAACCACCCUCGUCCAGCCCACCCCCGCUCCUGCGGUGCCUCUCCCUCGUGCAGAAGACCGUGAACGCAGAGACCAACCCGUUUGGACCGUUACCGAGCCCACCCCCUCGUCUUAGAUCGACCAACGAAUGACCUUAUGCUCCUUUUUUUCUUCUUCAUUGACCUAGCUUCAAUCUAGGUCCUAUAUCCUUCUCUCUUCUCUCCCUAUGCCCCACCUUUUCCAUUCCUUUCGGUUCUCUACCCUACGAAAUCUUAUUGGAGUAUG